AUGGCAAACAAGCGCAAGGAAAUGGACAUUGCGACGCGAUCGUUGAUAAUAAACUUCUGUUGUAACACCAGUGUCGCCGGAGGAAAAAAAAUGGACGAACCACCGCCACGAAACGAACCGGUCGUUGAGCCGGUGAACGGCAUCGUUCAGCCACCGGUGGUUCCGCCACCAGAUAGGCCUGGUCGGCUUACCAAUCAGUUGCAUUUUCUACUGAAAACGGUAAUGAAAGCUGUUUGGAAGCAUCAGUUCUCGUGGCCCUUUCAGCAACCUGUGGAUGCGAAAAAGUUAAAUCUUCCGGAUUACCACAAAAUAAUCAAACAGCCAAUGGAUUUGGGUACGGUUAAAAAGCGGCUUGAAAACAACUAUUAUUGGACGAGUAAAGAGUGCAUACAAGACUUUAAUGUUAUGUUCUCGAAUUGUUACGUGUACAAUAAACCGGGUGAAGAUGUUGUUGUUAUGGCGCAAACAUUGGAAAAGCUAUUCCUAACAAAAGUGUCGUUGAUGCCUAAGGAUGAAGUCGAGAUGGAAGUUACCACGCAAAAAGGUGGUAAAAAGAAACCUCCACCUCGUCAGCUAGCACCCCCAGGAACUCUAGUCGGUAAUACGACAGUUGCGGUUCCGACUACACCAACAACACCUGUUACACCUGCAGCAACACCGGCCGCGGCCCGGGCUCGACCCAGUUCUUCUCUCGGAGGUGCCGUCACGUCCAGUGUUGCACCAACCAAUGCUACGCCCACGGUUCCGAUCGUGCCUGUAGUACCCGGUGUUCCUCCCAUUGGCACCUUACCGCCGCAAACAGUUCCCGGAAGCACAAACACGACAACAACGGCCACGCCAACUGCUGUUAGUGCCACGCACAAUUCAACCCUCACUUCACCUGUCACGCCCGUUGUGGCCAAACCGCCUGCUCCGACGACGUCACCGUACAUAAUGAACAGUUCGCAGUCAGGAAUUGAAACGGUCUUACCUCCACAACAGCCCGCUAAAGUUAAAAAGGGCGUUAAGAGAAAGGCCGAUACAACGACGCCAACUGCAACCGCUUACGAUCCACACUAUGGCGCUAAUUUGGACCCUAGCAGUGCUAAGAUCGCCACCCGGAGGGAAUCUGGACGACAGGAAAUCGCACCCUUCCAGUCUGCCACUUAUCCUAUUUCGCCAUACCAGGGCGCGGCUGCUCAGCAGAAUCAACCGAAGAACAAGGAAAAGUUAUCCGAUGCGCUCAAAUCGUGCAAUGAGAUAUUGAAGGAACUGUUCUCAAAGAAACAUUCAGGCUACGCCUGGCCCUUCUAUAAACCCGUGGAUGCCGAACUGCUAGGUUUACAUGACUAUCAUGAUAUUAUCAAGAAGCCGAUGGAUUUGGGGACGGUCAAACGGAAGAUGGAUAAUAGGGAAUACAAAUCUGCGAACGAAUUUGCAGCUGAUGUUAGGCUUAUAUUUACCAAUUGUUACAAGUACAAUCCCCCAGAUCAUGAUGUCGUUGCCAUGGGUCGAAAAUUGCAAGAUGUUUUCGAAAUGCGUCUAGCAAAUAUACCGGAUGAACCGGUAAACAAUGUGACACCUAAUCAAAGUAAAGAGAGUGACUCCUCGUCAUCAAGUGACUCAAAUGCAAGUGAAGACGAUUCUGAUUCGGAUGAAGAAUGUAAUCAGAAAUUGAAGCUGCUAGAGAAACAGCUAUUUGAAAUGCAGGAACGAAUGCGGAAGCUAGCAGAGGAAGCUUCGCUGAAAAAGAAGGCGAAAAAGAAACUAAAGGAAAAGAAGAAACAGAUGGCAUCUAUGGGAUCGAGUGAAGUGAAGCCCGUGCUAGACGUACACAGCACCCCAACCCAGGCAAAAGCCCUACAUCAAACAACUGCGCUAGCACCACCUCAGAUUGGUAGUGCAGUACCGGCAAUACCGCCAGCAGGUGCCGCCAAAACCAAAACGAAAGGUCAACGAACGCCCAAAGCAGCGGCUGCUCCAAAUGCGCCCGCCAAGCGAGCGAAAGGAGCAGCAGCUGCUGGAACCGGCGCAACUCGGGGGCCGAAUAAGAAGAAAGGUUCGCAAAAUAUUGCUAACUUUGACUCCGAAGAAGAAGAUACUGCAAAACCCAUGUCCUACGAUGAGAAAAGACAACUAUCACUCGAUAUUAAUAAACUACCAGGUGAUAAACUCGGUCGUGUUGUACAUAUAAUUCAAAGCCGGGAACCAUCACUUCGUGAUUCCAACCCAGACGAAAUCGAGAUAGACUUCGAAACUCUUAAGCCAUCGACUCUGCGAGAGCUGGAAAGCUAUGUCGCGUCCUGUUUGCGCAAGAAAACCCGUAAGCCUUACUAUAAAAAAGUUUCUGGAAAGUCUAAGGAUGAACAAAUGGCGGAGAAGAAACAAGAACUCGAGAAACGGCUUCAGGAUGUCACCGGACAGCUGGGUACUGCCAAAAAGAACGCUAAAAAAGCAGAUGAAGCGGCCAAACAGGAUGUGGCACCCUCCGGUGGAAACAUUUCAUCCAGCAGUAGUUCCAGCGAUUCAUCGUCAUCAAGUUCCAGCGAUUCCAGUUCGAGUGAUUCCAGCGAUAGCGAAGCAGAAUCCGGUCGCCCGCCAAAGAAGAAAAAGAAGGAUUCUUCCUCUCCGUUGCUUCAAUCCCCCGUUGCCGCUAAUGCUUCGACGUCUUCGGGUGUGUCCAUAUCCAGUGCGCCGAUUACUGCUACUCCAUCGGGAACUACAAAUACUGCCCCAGUCACACCACAAACCUCAUCAGCGGCAGUUCCAACUAGUAUCCCACCUCUCGCUAACCCAGCAUCGUCAACACCCACAGCAUCAUCCACAACGCCGCAACCGACGCCACAGAAUGUAUCCUCUGUCCCAUCCUCUGUCGUUGUUCCUUUAUUAGAAUCGACAGCAACUACUGUCGCAUCUACUCCUGCUACUACUACUACUUCCAUCACUGCUGCUACACCCACAGUUCCGACAGUUUCCAGCACACCCAGCAAUGCUCCCACUUCGAAUGCAAAUAUGACCAACUCUCAAAAAAUCACACCGCAUUCUCAACCAAGCAACCCGGCUACUAUUACUGCAACACAAAUCAAUUCAGCAUCCGCAUCCGCAUCGACCCUUGUCACACCCACCUCCGCUAUCAGUUCCCUACUGUCGCAGGCAACUCAGAUCCAGUCGCAAUCAUUGGAGAGCAUGACUUCGUUGACUUCAGAUCCUGGUAGCAACACAAUUGUAAAUAACACGCUCAGUAACAACAGUAACAAUUCGGUCAAUAGCAGCUCUAGCAACAGUAAUCAAGUUCCAUUACCAACCCCGUCACCAAACGCGACGGGGAUGUUGGCCACCAAUUUGAUGACAACUAGCAGUAACAGUAUAAAUAACAUCAACAAUGUUACACAGCAUGCCCAUCAGCAACAGCAACUGCAACAACAACAACAACAGCAAACAAGUCAGCAUCAAUCUCAAAAUCUGCAACUGGGCCAACUACCUAGCAAUAAUGGCCUAUCAGUGAACGAUACGAACGGUAUUGGCAGUGCGCUCAACAUACCAACCUCACAAAUACCUUCGGGCUUAGCGGCAAUCAAUAACCUAGCGAAUAUGGCUAGCGCCAGCAUGCAACAGAUGCACCUGCCACAAACUCAACUUGUUCAGCCAAAUCUUUCGCAGCAGCUUCAGAUGGGGUCGAAACAAGCUUCGAAUCAAUCCGUUGGUCAUAUGGCAAUGCAAUUGCCAACCAGCAGGAGUUCGGCAAGUAAUCUGCAAACUCAUAGCAUAGAUAAUUUUAUGGAAUCCCUACAACAUCUUGCACCGUUCGAUAAGUCCGAUCCAACCGCGUUGUCACUAAAUCUCUUGAAUGAUCUCAGCUCAUUGAAGCAAGAUUUGUCGGCUGGUAACAUGCAAAGCAUGAGCUUACUGCCAACCCAAAUGGAGCUGAUGACGCACCUACAAAAUACCAUGCACCAUUCGAACAAUGGCUUCAACAACGACUUCAACGGUAAUGGUCCACUAAACGGCAUGGGAAAUCUUGCGUCUAGCGUCGGAAUGAGCCAGAUGCUGAUGAACUCGAUAGCCACUAGCAAUCCAAUGCUGAGCAAUAUGACCAUGUCGUCAUUAUUCGACCCACUUCAAAACUUUAUGCGCCCGUCCAGUUACCAAAAUAAUCAAACACUAAACGAUCGCACUAUUGACCUCACGGGUGGCAGUAGUGCGGCCGCUUGUUUGCCCAAAAAAGAGGAAGGCAAAUUCAUGCUAACUCCCAAACCCAUAGAAGAUUUACUAAUGAAUCCAAAUGAGAAAAAAAUUGGUGGAACUCCCCCUGAUGUGAAAGGUAAUUUUCCGCAUGCAUCAUUCAAGGCGGCCGCGCACGAUCAAAAUUUAAAGAAUGCGUGGUCGUCGUUGGCCUCCGCAGGCUCCCCUCAAAAUACUCCUACCUCCAACAAACCGAAACCAGCAACGGACACCUUCCUGGCGUUCCGCAACAAGGCGAAAGAGAAACAGGAAAGGCAGAAACAGCUUCAACAACAGGAACUGAAGCGAUCUCAAAAGGAACUGGCGGAUAAACGCCAACUGGAACAACAACAGAAGGUGAAACAGGAGGAAAUCAACAACGGACGAAAAGUGGCCAUCGAACCGGUACCGGUUCGUGUUGCAGAAGAAAUUAAAGCUUCACCUCAGGGAAGUCCUUCGCCGGGAACACCAACCACACCACACAAUUUGGAUCGAUCGGCGGCGAAAAGGGCUGAGCUGCGCAAGCAAGAGCAGGAACGUCGACGAAGAGAAGCGAUGGCAGGUCAAAUCGAUAUGAACAUGCAAAGCGAUCUGAUGGCCGCAUUCGAGGAGUCGUUGUAAAGUGAUUCCGGUUCGAGCAAAAAAAAAAUGCCCGCAGUCCAGGAUAGUGUAGAAAUGAUGUGCGGGCCUGGGCAGAUUAAAUUAAGUUUCCAAAGCUGUAAACCCACACAACAAACACAAUCAUACCGACUCAUACACACACGCAUUCGUAUGGCAUACCACCGAAGCUGAGAGACUACAUGCGAGUGAGUGUGUAUUUUUGGUAGCUGCGGCUGCGUCCUUUUUAGUUGCAAACGGUGCUGUAAACUACAAUAUGCACUCCUUUUGUUUUGUAUAAAUAGAACUCGGUUACGCAGACCGUAAGCAUCUGUCUUCUUUCAGAGUAGGAUGAAGAGUAGACACACAGAUCAUACUAAUAUUGUAAUAAAAUAAGUGACAUUAUAAUUUGUGAUAUAUAACGUAAAUAUAUUAAAAAUAUAUAUUUAAAACGUGAACACUAUGUAUGAUAUGCAAAAAAAAAAGUUAUCAUCUAAGAUCUAGUAGAAAAAAUAUGAAAGAAAGCUGUUUCCGAGAACGAAGAUAGAAACCCAAAAAUCACCUUCGACUCAGACGCUCAGUUUAAAGAAUCAGUGUUACUCCAACGUUCGCGUGUUAGCAAUUAACGGUUCUAAACAGCCAAAAAACUAGAUGUAAUGUAUAGACAAACGAAAAAGUUAGCUUUAUGAGUUUCAUCGGGUAUAUGUAGAUAACAUAUUGUAAUUCUCCUUCUCAUCUUUUCACAGCUCCAUUAAAAAAAUCAGAGUACUUUUCCUGCGAAAGUCGAUGAUUAACUUGGAUUAUUUAAUUUUCUUGUGUGAUCGUUCACAAUAUUGAUCAGAUCAAGGUAGUGAAGUUUCCCAAACUAUAAUUUGCUUAGAAAUUAUGUAUUAAAAGUUGAAGCUCUUAUUUUAUUCCGGAGUGCUCUGUUGCUACUUAGUCCUGUCCAUUUUAGUUAGUAAUCGUGACUAAAUUUAGAUAGCUGUUUUUUUUUUGAAAAUAUACGAAUGCAAAACAAACUA